AUGAUAACUGGCUCCUUCAAAGUAUUAAUUCAUGCCUCAUCUCUUCACUUCUAUGCCGAUAAAGUCCUGUCUGGCUCAGCUUCAUCUCUUUCUCCAAAAAUGUCUUACAGAUGCCCUGUGUGGACUCAGCUGGCUUCAUUGCUGACAACAUUUCAGCAAUCUUCUCUACAGCAGAAAAGUAAAAAGAAGAACAAAGCUCCUAUUCCUGGUAAAAGCAAAAGACGGAUCUCCUGUAAAGAUCUUGGCCGAGGAGACUGUGAAGGCUGGCUUUGGAAAAAGAAAGAUGCUAAGAGUUAUUUCUCCCAGAAAUGGAAAAAAUAUUGGUUUGUCCUGAAAGACACAUCCCUCUACUGGUAUAUCAAUGAAGAGGAUGAAAAAGCGGAAGGAUUCAUCAGUCUACCUGAAUUUAAAAUUGACAGAGCCAGUGAAUGCCGAAAGAAAUAUGCAUUCAAAGCCUGCCAUCCUAAGAUCAAAAGUUUUUAUUUUGCUGCUGAACAUCUAGAUGAUAUGAACAGAUGGCUAAACAGAAUUAACAUGCUUGCUGCUGGCUAUGCAGAAAGGGAGAGAAUCAAGCAAGAGCAAGAUUACUGGAGUGAGAGUGAUAAGGAGGAGGCUGACACUCCAUCGACACCCAAACAAGACAGCCCACCACCCCCAUAUGAUACAUACCCACGGCCUCCUUCGAUGAGUUGCACCAGUCCCUACGUGGAGCCAAAGCACAGCCGCCUCUCCUCCACAGAGACCUCCCAGUCUCAGUCAUCACACGAGGAGUUCCGCCCAGAGGCGGCAGGGAGUGUCACCGAUUCACCGGUGCGCAAGACAGCGAGCCAGCGGCGCUCCUGGCAGGACCUCAUCGAGACGCCACUGACGAGCUCAGGACUUCACUACUUGCAGACGCUGCCGCUGGAGGACUCGGUGUUCUCUGAGACGGCCGUGGUGUCCCCUGAACACCGGCGGCAGUCUACUUUGCCCACCCAGAAGUGCCACCUGCAAGACCACUACGGCCCCUUCCCACUCGUGGAGGGGGAGAGGAUGCAGGUGCUGAACGGGAAUGGAGGCAAGCCCCGGAGCUUCACGCUGCCACGAGACAGUGGCUUCAACCACUGCUGCCAGAGCCUUUCGGUGGGAGCCACCGAUCACCACGAGGAAGUGCAGCAAAAGGAGGUGGAAGAGGAAGAGGAGGAGGAGGAAGAGGAAGUGAAAGCAGCAGAAGAAAACCAGGAAGAUAAAACCACCUUGUUUCAUGGAAAGAGGAGUUUCUUUUGUCCAGAUCUACCUUCCUACAGGAAACCAAACUUCCUGAGUUUUUAGAGCUGACGUUAUAGAAACAGCAACCGUGAGACACCUGGAUCUCCUGAAGCUGCAGAAGUGACAUCUAUGAGGCUGCAGGAUCCACUUUCUCUUAGUGCCUUUUUCCAAGCAAAUCCAAGACUGUUACUUCAAACGCCGUGACUGUUAGCGUUAUAAAAUAGGCUAAAAUGUGAAAAGCAUUCCCUUUUGCAGUCCGCUGAGCCUGCUUUCUUCACAGCUCCAUCAGUCCUGCAAUGUGCUGGCAUGGGCUUUUGUUUCUCAAGGGUUUGGUUUGGGGUUGGUUUGGGUGUAAUUUUUUUUGUGUUUAUUUGUUUGCUUGUUUGUUUUCGUUUCAAUUGUAUAAUCAAAUGUUCCCUGUUUAAAAUCAUAAGUUAUGUAAAAUUGUCUCUUGACUGCUAUUCUUAGGACAUCGUUAUAUAAACUGUUUUCCUCUCCCUUGUUCAUCCUCCUCUCCCUGUUAACACACAGAAUUCCCAGGAAAGCUAGGAAGUUCAGAAGAGCCUGAAUUUCCUUUGAGCUCUGCAGCAUUGCUCACAGUAUACCUCUUUGGAAACCCAUUUUCCAGUUGCUGCCGUGGGUGGACUAAAUGGCACCAGUGUUUCUAUCUGGAAUUCUUUCCACCUGGUGCCUUCUGUCACUGAGACAACAUCGUUUUUUGCUCUCCUAGACCUUUCCAGAUAUCCUCAGGAGUAAAAAUGACAAAGCUUGGUAUUUUCCUUCCUUCUUCAUCCUGCCUUUUGAAAAAGUAAAUUCCUUAACAAGGGAUAAACAAGUCUCAACAAUUAAAUUGGAUGUAAUUUUUACAUCUUUAUACUUGGCCUAGUUGAACUCUUUCCCAAAGUGAGGCUUGUAUUUUGUUUCUUUUAAAAAACAAAAUAUCCCACAGAUUUUCCUAUCUGAGAUCUGAAAACAGUGGAUUUUGAGAAUCAUGGAAAGAUUCAUACUUUAUUACAAAUAAGUAUAAUUCACAGCAAAAUAGGGUAUGUGCUCACACCAGCUGGGCUUUUGAAACUUCCCUGUGUGCAGAGACUGCACAAAUACACAAAAAACUCUUCAGUAAACAACUUAGCAACAUGCUGUUUAUUUCACUCUCUCUUUCUCUUUUCUUUGCUAACAUGAGUCCUCAAAGAUUCAUGAGUUCUCAAGUCCUAGAAGUCCUAGCUUUUGGAUGUGGUUUGAAAGUCACGUGAUUUCCUACUCAAUCUUGCCCUUCAUCCAAAGUGUCACAGUGCCAGCUAAAAUAACAAAAAGAAACAGAUUGCAUUGUGCCUCCUCUUUUUCUAUUUCAAACAUGAGCUGCUGACAGGGUAUCUUUCCGUGCUCAUAGCAUGUUUGGUGGAUUUUGGGCACAUUCUUUGCUUUCUUUCUCCUCAUUCAUGUGACCCUUUUCCAGUGUUUACAAAUGAGUUCAUGUCUUUUAAGUAUAGAGGAAACCAACCCAAGUUGGUUAGGAUGUGUAUUGUUCUCGAUUAUUUUUUUCUUAAUUAGUCUUUGUUCUGUUUGGUUGGUUUGUGGGUUUUUUUGUUGUUGUUUUUUUCUCCAAACGUAUCUACAAAAAGCAAAUAUGGAACUUUCCACCCUAAAGACCUCUUUUGAUGGGGCAAGAUGUCAUACCGAAAUAGUGCCAUGUUUCUGUCCUCCCAAGCAUACAUGCAUGCAGAUUAGAAAAGCUCUGUAGUGCUGCAACUGUAUGCCAGAUUUGCUAUUUGCUCUUGUUUGCAUGAUAGUAAUUCUAAUAUACUAAUAUGAUAUGGAAAUAAUGGCACAUCACCGUUCUCUCAACAUAUUGUAUCACUGCUUUAUCAUAUUAGGCUAAUACACUGCGAGAGUUGGUAGCACCUCUCCAUGUCAAAUCGGAUCCACUUCUCUUGGCACUGAACCGAUUGGACUCAAAGGUUGAUAAACUUAUCAUUAGCGAUUGGCACGACGGAGACUCAACUUCAGCCUCUUGCAAGACACCUAAUGGCCUCCGUUCAGAAAGUCAAUUCUUCUUGAAUAACAUUGGUGUUUAUAAAAGAGACUAGACCUGUUAAAGCGUAGACAACCACAUGCCUGGAUAUGAGGCCUCCAGGAAGGUGUCAAGGGCAUGGCCACUCUUUUGAAGAAUGCACCCUUUCCACAAUGGGACUAGGCACAAGGUCAGAUCCAGUCUACACGGAGCACAUUUGCAGAAAAUACUGCCCCGCAUGGGAGAACGGAAGGGGAAGAGGGUCUUGACAGGGGAAGGGCUUUGAUGUCACUCAGUUUUUUUCUGCAGACCUCAAGGAAUUAAAGAGGGAUUCGGCCAUGGUAACACUAAAAUCCUGUUGCUUUUAUUGAACUGCAGUGAAUCCAUUCAGGCCAACCAGACAGAUUGUGCCAUUUAAGCGUCCUUCACUAAUGUGAAGGAUGCUACCUUACUGUAUCAUGCUAAAUUAAGUGUAUUCUGUCAAGUGAAGGUGUGCGCAGACCUUUCAGAGACUUCUAUUUCUCUAACGAUUUGUAACGCAUUACCGGAGGGUACACUGACACUGGUUUGGAUGAUGAUGGAGAAGAUACCUCACGCUGAGAUUUCUUAUACUCUGCAGAUAAACUCUUCAGUUCCUCUUUAUCUUCUAGGAGUUAAACAUGUGAGUGAUGCUGCCUGGAGAAGCAGGCACAAAGUAUUCUCUGUAUAACACCCCGACUCCAGAGGGCUGUUUGGGGGCCAGUAUUCGUCUGGAUGUCACUC